AUGCAGGGCUUCAACAUGGGACGCUACGUCCCCCCGGACCUCGAGGGCACCGUCCCCUCCGGCAACCGCCUCCACGGGAAACACGCCCUCGGCAGCCGCGCCUCCAAGCUCGCCUCGCACGGCAUCCUGACGGUGCGCUUCGAGAUGCCGUACCCGAUAUGGUGCCUGCACUGCGCGAGGCCGACCGUCAUCGGCCAGGGCGUGCGCUUCAACGCGGAGAAGAAGCGCGCGGGCAGCUACUUUUCGACGCCCGUCUGGAGCUUUCGCUUCAGGCACGCCGAGUGCGGGGGGUGGAUUGAGAUGAGGACCGAUCCGAAGAACACGGCCUACGUCGUCGUCGAGGGGGCGCGGAAGAGGGAUACCGGAGACGCCAAAGCUGCUGCUGAGGGGGUUGAAGAAGGAGAAGGGGCGGUGAUUCUGACGGACAAGGAGCGGGACGAGCUGCGAAACAAUGCCUUUGCGAGCCUCGAAAGGACAAUCGCGGACCGAAAGAGGCUCGAGAUGGCGGCGGACCGCAUCGAGGAUCUUGCGGCGCUGUCGGAGCGCCACUGGAGCGAUCCGUAUGCCUUGAACCAGCGCCUGCGGAGGGAUUUUCGCAAGGGCCGCAAGCAGAGGGAGCAGGAUGCCGCGAGGGCGCGGGAUUUACAGGAUAGGAUGGGGCUUGGGGGGUUGGAGCUUGUGCCGGAGGCGGAGGAGGAUGCGCAGAGGGCUGCGUUGGUGGAUUUCGGGGCGGUGGAUGACGAUGAUGGUGGUGAUGGGGCGUUGCUGAAGCCCUUGUUUUCGACGGCGACGGCGACGGAGAAGAAGACGCAGACGCAGAUGCAGCCAAAAAUUGCGUCCAAGGCCGAAAAGCAGGCGUCGAGGCGAAAGGAGGCCUUUGUAGCCAACGUCCUGUCCAACACGCGCGCGGCGCAGGAUCCCUUUCUC